AUUUAUUAUUAAACAAAUUUAAUGUAGAUUUGUAAUGUUAUAAACUUGCUUCUAAAUUUGUAAUUAAAAACAAAAACAAAUAAUAAAUUUGAGAAGAAAAUAAAUAAGUACUUUAAUUUAAUAGUACUACUAGGGGAAGGAAGACUAAUUUCGUAAAUAAAUAAAAUAAAAUUACAGUAAAUAAGAUUCAAAAUAAAUAAGUAAAAGGAGCUGUGGCUUGGCUUUAACAAAUUAAAAAAGCUUUCUUUCAUCACCCUUCAAUGCCGGCCGGCGAUAUACGACACUCAACGCAGUUACCUUCUCCGGCGACUACGAUGACUGAUAUUAACGAGGACGAGGGAUGGGUGUGGACUCAGAUCAAGGCAGAGGCGCGGCGCGAUGCAGAGUCAGAGCCGGCGCUGGCGAGCUACCUUUACUCGACAAUUCUCUCCCACUCGUCACUAGAGCGAUCUCUCUCGUUUCACCUCGGGAAUAAGCUCUGCUCCUCCACUCUCCUCUCUACCCUCCUCUACGAUCUCUUCCUCAACGCCUUCUCCGACCCAUCUCUCCGCUCCGCCGUAGUUGCCGACCUACGCGCUGCCCGUCAGCGAGACCCCGCUUGCGUCUCCUUCUCUCACUGUCUCCUCAAUUACAAGGGUUUCUUGGCUUGUCAGGCUCAUCGAGUGUCACAUAGGCUAUGGAGCCAAUCGAGGAGGCCAUUGGCUCUGGCGCUUCAUUCUCGGAUAGCCGAGGUUUUCGCGGUGGACAUACACCCGGCGGCGAAGAUCGGAAAAGGGAUUCUGUUCGACCACGCGACGGGAGUGGUGGUAGGGGAGACGGCAGUGAUCGGCAACAACGUCUCAAUUCUCCACCACGUCACUCUCGGAGGGACUGGGAAAAUGGGUGGUGACAGACACCCCAAGAUUGGUGACGGAGUCUUGAUCGGCGCCGGUGCCACCGUGUUGGGGAACAUUCAUAUCGGUGAAGGGUCAAAGAUCGGGGCAGGGUCGGUGGUGCUGAUCGAUGUGCCGGAGAGGACGACGGCGGUGGGGAAUCCGGCGAGGCUGGUUGGAGGAAAAGAACGACCUUUUAGGCAUGAGGAUGUGCCUGGAGAGUCCAUGGACCAUACCUCCUUCAUCUCUGAAUGGUCUGACUAUAUUAUCUAAUUUACAAUAAUAAAUCAAUCCAAAUCCAAAUCCAAAUCCAUUACAGGCUCACUAGGAUAGAAGCAUAAAGUGGUUUUUGUUUUUGUAGUAUGAGAGUUCUGUGCCUUUCCAAUUUUUGAUUUUAAACUUGAGCAUGGCUAAAUAAUAACACCAUUUUCCUUCUUUCUGCUUCUUCAUUGGUUGUUGUCCUUUAACAAAAGAUUGAUUAAAAAAUGAAACUGGUCUGUGUUGGAUUUGGAUAUUGAUUCUUUACUAUGUAUUUUAUAUUUAGAUGACAUAUUAUACUUCCUUUCAAA